AUGGAUUCCACGCAACAACCAGCAUCUGUUGUCGUCGAACAACCUCCCUCUCCUCCUCCCAUCACCCUCACCCUCGAUAAUAUGACAGAUAUGCCUGUGGACUCGAUACCAAACGACAACACACAACCCCCUCAGGCAUCGACAGAUCCCGCCACCCAGGAACAACUACAUACUCCCGAUCAGGCAGACACUCAAGCGCCAUCCCGCCCUCAACCCCCCGAUCUAGAACAUCCCUUCUGGGCCGAGGUAGAGGAGGAUACCUCGGUGCCUGAUGAGGCAGAAAUGAAGGAGAUCGAGUCUGCCGCUGAUGGUGACUACAGUGCCUAUGAGUACGACUACUGGGAGAAGAACUUCCAUCCCGACCUGGAUGAUCCCGAGUACCAACCCAUCGAGAAGGCCCGCCUCACGUGGAAGGUCAAGGGGGUGCGCGGCACGAAAGAACAUCCCAACCAUGCCAAAGUCAUGCGUUCGCCUCCCGCAUACGUCGGAGGUUACUGGUGGACCAUCAAGUUCUUCCCCCGAGGCAACAACGUGAAUUCUCUGAGUAUAUAUAUCGAGUGCUCUCCCACAAUGCCCACUCCGGAUAAGACCUUGCCGGAGUCCGAGUUCACCGUACUUCGAGGACCAGCCGAUGCCGUCCUCAAGGACACUACCCCAGAUCUCCACUUCCGCUACCCCCAGACCGAGGAUACGGCGGCCUGGGUGGAAGACUUCAAGGCCCACUAUCCGCUCGCAGCUGAUCAACCAACACCCCCCACAAACACAUGGCGGGUGUCGGCUCAGAUUGGAGUCAUCUUAUACAAUCCAGAGGAGCCACGGACCGGCUGGAUGCAAUCGUCCUGUCAUCAGUUCAAUCCCCACAACCUGGACUGGGGUUGGACCAAUUUCCAUGGUCCUUGGGAUCAGAUCCAUCGUCGCCAGCGCGGUCAACGUCAGGCGUUGCUGCGAAAUGAUACGUUGGCCUUCGAUGCCUAUAUCCGCAUCGUCGAUGACCCGACCCGGUCCUUGUGGUGGCACGCCAGUGAUUCGGAACCCACGUGGGACAGUCUGGGCCUGACAGGUUACCGACCUCUGGGCGACUCCGUCAUCAACCACAGCGCCGAAGUGGCUGGCCUGGCAACAUGGAUUCACAUGGCUCCCUUCUGCAAAAUCAUUCAGAAGGCGAACGUGUUGGACCAUCUCACAAACUGUGAUGUGAAACCCAAACCGCUGUGCGAUGCGUUGCAGAAGUUCCUUUGGCAGCUUCGCUCUCGCGGUCAAUCCCUGCAGUAUGUGGAUACCGACAGCAUCACAUCGACUCUGCGGAACUUGCAUGAGUAUUCCAGCGAUGUGUGUGAAUUCUGGGAACGGCUGCGCCGGACCCUUGAGCUGGAACUCGCGGGGACCGAUGCCGCAAAGGAUCUCGCUGCCCUCUUCGACAGUCCGUCGCAGGAGAGCUUGCCUGCCGAUGCGCCGGUAAAUACUAUUCCGAAGGAUUUCAAUUCUCGAAUCUGUGUACCGGCCGAUCAGGCAAAGACAACCAGUGAAGCUCUGUCAUGGUACCUUGAUGCGAAACCCGGUCGCUGGGCGUUGCCUCCCGUUCUGCACCUUGAAUUGAGUCGUCAAAAGCUGGACAAGGCUGCCCGCCAAUGGCGUCUGUUGUACAACCGAGUGGAUCUCGAUGAGGAGGUCGAUCUGACGCCCUGGUUGCUAGACGGUCAAUGCGGCAAGUACGUUCUGUACGGCUAUAUUGUGCAUCGUGGUCGCCGGACGUCGGGCAAGUUCUUCAGUAUUCUCCGCCCUGGUGGUCCGGGUACCCGCUGGCUCGCCUUUGACGACGGCAGCGAUAACCGUGUUGAAUGUCUAACUCGCAAGACUGCUUUCGGUCCGCAUCUUGGCCUAGAUCCCUCGCAAAAGGUUGACCACAAGACCGGCCACGACGUCGCCAUUGCUGUUAUGUACAUUCGUAGCGAUGUGGUGCAGGAAUACCUCCCUGGCCCCCAGGGUCCGUGGGAUGCCUCCCCUGCGAUGAAGCAGUACUACGAAACCGGCACGUACCCCGAGCUCAACCCGGCCGAUGGCCUUUCAGAUGGUGAUACCCAGGUUGAGGUGUACUCCUUACCUCAAUAUGAGAAGCUUGGGAGUCUGUUCGACACCUAUGACCUGAUGUCGCAAGCGAAGGCCGCUAACAGUGUCAUGUACCUGACGCUUCCGCGUUCCACAAAUCUCAUUGAGCUCCGCAAACGAAUCGCUCUUUGGACUGCUGCAGGCACAGACAAGCCAACCACCCCGGAGAACAUUCGCCUUUGGCAAAUUGGUCAUACGCGCGAUCGUUUUGGGCCCACAUUGGCGUUCGCCAGGAUUUCAGAUCUGGCCACUACAUUGGAUCAGCCCCAAUCCAGCCCUGUUCGUUUCUGGAUGCAGGUUGUUUCGGACGGGGAUGCCAAAUACUUCGCCAUGUCCGAUCCUCCUGAGCAGACUGUUGUGGAAAAUAAGCCAGAGGAAGCCAUUGUCGAGCGCUCGGGUGCGGAAUCUUCCGAUGAGACGCAGUCUCUCCAAGAAGUGGAAGUUGGCCAGGCUGGCUCUUCCGGCACCAUGCCUGCGCAAAUCCAGCUCGAAGCCACGCCGUCUACCCCAGGUAACACCUCUGACGCAGAGCCCACAAACGACCACGCCUUUGAAGAUGACUCUGCCAACGAAGCUGCCAUUGCGGCCGCGAUCGCGGAAGACGUUCAGCAAAUGGAAACUGAAUCGACGGACGUCACUCCCACGACCGAUUCUGUUGUCAACCAGAAUGAGUCCGAGGUCAUUCCCACAGAGCCGGAGGUCCUUCUGCCUGUGGAACAUGUCUACUACUUCAUUCAGCUCUUCGACGUCGAGGCACAGGCCCUGCGUACGGUGGGGUCAUUCUUCUCGCGGAGGGAAGAGAACAUCAAGACGGCCGUGCGGAAGCAUCUGCAGUGGCCCCCUGUGAAGGACUUCCAGGUGUGGCAACGCGUGGAUGGCACUACUGUGACGACACUGUCCUCCGCGGAGACGUUCCAGAUAUUUGUCCCCGAUGGAACGUGCUUCAUCAUUGGUGAUAAGCUCAAUAAGGAUCGACGAGCCGAGCUCAACGUCGCGGGUCUCUUCGGCAACCCAGAUCAACUUGUCCGUUACCUAUGGGCCGAGUCGCGCAACCACCCAACCAAGGCAUUCACCGGUAACAAGACCAUCGACGCCACCUUUACAGGCGAUUACUACAGCGGCGAGUUCAAGAAGGGUUACUUCCACGGAAAGGGCAUGCACGUUUCCGAUCUGGGUGCGACGUACAACGGCGACUUCGUCCUUGGCAAACGUCACGGUCGUGGUCUCAUGGAGUAUCCCACGGGGGAUACUUAUGACGGUGACUGGUUCGAGAACCAGUGCCAUGGCCAAGGUACAUUUGUCGAGAAGAAGACCGGCAACAAAUACGUCGGAGGAUAUAAAGAUGGCAAGCGCCACGGCCGCGGCAUCAGCUACUGGGAGGUGGCUGACGAGGAGAUGGACCUGUGCCAGAUCUGCUACAGCGAGGAGCAAGAUGCGCUCUUCUACGACUGUGGUCAUGUCUGCGCGUGCGUCGCCUGCGCACGCCAGGUCGACAUCUGUCCCAUCUGUCGGAAGAACAUUCUUAAUGUGGUCAAGAUUUACCGGACAUGA